AUGAGACACAAUGACCAACGGUUCCAAGUAAACAUUGGAACUCGCAACCGUCUAGGAAAAGAUAACGGCCAAACUUCUCCUGCUAAUAUAAAGCAGACAAAAGACCAAAAGAAGGUACCCACCCUCGCCGUUCGUUCGUCGCCGACGUAUAUCUCGGUUCACUCUAAGAAAAGGGAAAUAAGGAAAGGGAAAAUAAGGAAAACAGGGGGGAAGAAAGGGGAAAUAAGGAAAGAAAGGGAAAUAAGGAAAGCAGGGGGAGCUCGAGAAGUGGGAACUGAGAAAGGAAGAAAGGGAAAGCGAGUGGCGAGAGAAAGAGAAGCGGAGAGGGAGAAGAGGAAGAAAGGUGAGUUGAGAGGAAGAAGCCGCUGCCAUUGCGGUCCGCGUUCACGUCGUCGUCGUAGCGCCGCCAUCCUUACGCCAGUCGCUGCCGCUGUCGGUGAUGAAGCCCGUCGCCGCCAUUCGCGCCUCUAUCGCCGCCAGAACUACACGCUGUCGCUGAAGCUUGAACGCCGCUGUAACCACCGCAUGUUAUCAUCUUUAGCUCCGCCACCGUUUAAGUCGCGAACAGGAGAACGUGCGCGAAGGAAACCAUCGCGGAGCUACCGUCGCCGCCAUGUUGAUGGGCUCGCCAUCGUUCUGCUCGCACGGCUGCUGGGUUGCCGGAGCUCCUCGCCGCCGCUGCUGGCGCUGGAAAACCGCAGCUGCAGCCGCCAGAGGACGCCCCUGCAGCUGCCAAACCCCAUUCCACUCCAGUUUGGGUUCCGGCUCUGGUUCAUUUAUGCUGGGUUUUGUUCUCCUGAGUGUCGGAGCCGCCAUUUUCUUGUGAGUUUUUUCGCUGCUGGUUGAAGUCGCCGCUGUUGGAGCUUGCCGGAGUUAAUCGCUGGAGCUGUGGUUGUGCUGUACUUAGUUUCUUGUUGGUACAAGUAGCUGUGGUUGCUGCAAAAGUGGUUUAGAGUUGAGGAUGAGACUGCCGCGUUGUGGGCCGAGAGAAAAACUGAAUUUAUCGCGUAGCUAAGUCGUAAACGAGCUUUACUUUUUCAGGAACCGGAUGAAGAAGCAUUAAGAAGAGUUAUACUGCGUUUGGUUUAUAUGUUGUUGUAUUAAUUAGUUUAUUUUCUUCCCUCGUCUUUAUUAUUACAAAUUUGAAAGAGGGAUAGGAAUUGUAUGUUUUAUAUGUGUGUAAUAUUAUGAGUUAUUACGUAAGGAGUCCUGUAUAUGAAUAUAUGCCUUGUAUUUUUCUUAAGAUGAGGUAUUAAUUUCUGAUUUCUUAAAGAAAUCAGCGAUACAGUGUCGAGUCACAGGCUCCUAUUUUAGUAUUUAGUAUGUAGAGUAGUCGUAAUACUUCUUGCUAUCAGAGUAGCGUAGCCAGAAGCGUGACUUCUGAUAGUGAGGGUGUUACAAAUAUGGUAUCAGAGCGGUUCUUUCUGUAGAGCCUGAGGAGUGGACUGAUUAUGCUUUAAUUGCAUACUCUGAGCGUCUGUCAUGUAAUAGGUCUCGUUCAGAUAAUGAGAAUUAGAGUUUUAUACACAUGACGGUCUAUUGAUUAAUGCCAUUAGUCUUGCAUUGCAUAAUUCCUGGUAUUAAGUUUGGCCGGCUUAACACUAGUAAAUUAUGUAUAUGGAAGCACCAAUGGGUUAUGAUAGACAAUAUGCGAGUCAUAAAUAAUGCGAGUUGCGGGUUUUGGGAGAGUUAGAAAUUAAUUCUUGAAGUUUGUUGACAUGUGAUCCUUAUCUGUGAUAGGUGUUAGUUUUACCUUUAAGAGUUGCAUUGGAAAUCCUUGAUUCAAUGCCUUUCUUGAGAUACGGUUUGAUUCUCUGUCAAAUUAUAUUUCUGACUAUCCCCUAGAUUCUUGAUGUUAUGGUCCUCAAUUUUACGUUCUUUUAUAGGAACUCUAUACUCUAAUUUAAUUUGAAUUUUGCUUCGAUCAAUAUAUUAUCUUUCUUCUUGUUGUUCCUAGCGAAAUUUUCUGAUUUAGAUUCUCUCCUUAAGUUAUGAUUUGAUAUCUUGCCUCUAUGCUUUUCACCAUAUGCGUAUUCUUCUCUUAACAUGCGCCUACUUAUUCCAUAGAUUCUUGACAUCACAGCUUUAGGUUCUGCAUUCUUCUACUUAAGCGAUGUAAUUUAUCAAUGAAAUCUGAACCUGUUUUGCCGUAAUACAUCCUAUCUUAUAAAGCCCUCUUGUAAUUUUUGUUUUGGGUCUUCAAAGUAAUUCUGGUU